AGCGCCAGAUUCUCUCAAAACUCCACGCGAAACCAGCGUUAAGGCGCGUGCCACUCCCGAGCUCAGCGCAAGUCAGUGACUAAAACGAUAUAAAGAUGUAUAGGUUCACUCGAUCCCCCAUGAUCAGUUCUGGUAUGGGAAUGGCUCCUUUCUUCAAGGUGACCGUGUUUGAGCAGGAACACUUCCAGGGAAAAUGUCAGGAGUUCACCUCAGAAUGCUGCAACAUCCAGGAAUGUGGCUUCGACAACAUCCGUUCUAUUCGCGUGGAGAGUGGCGCCUGGGUGGGUUAUGAGCACCAUGACUUCCAGGGACAGCAGUUCAUCCUGGAGAGAGGAGAGUAUCCUCACUGGGAUGCCUACAGUGGAAACCUGUCCUACCACGUGGAGAGACUCAUGUCUUUCAGACCUAUCUAUUGCGCUUCUCACCAGAGCAGUCGCAUGAUCAUUUUCGAGAAGGAGAACUUUUUGGGCCGCAGCACGGAGCUGUGUGACGACUACCCCUCUCUGCAGGGCAUGGGAUGGUGUGGCCCUGAAGUGGGCUCCAUGCAUGUGCAGUGUGGCGCUUUUGUGUGUUACGAGUUCCCAGGAUACAGGGGCAGGCAGUACAUUAUGGAGUGUGAGAGGCACAGCGGAGACUACCAGCACUGGAGGAACUGGGGUUCCCACAGCCAGACCCCUCAGAUCCAGUCCAUCCGCAGAAUCCAGCACUAAGAGCUCAGCCUCACCAGGGGACACUACACCGAUCACCCUGCCGCCCGACAAACACACCAUACACAUGCACACACUCACACUGUUUUUCCUGACGAGCGUUUUUGUAUUGCUAGGAACACAACACAUACCCCAUAUCUACCAUCCUGUCUUACACAAGGGUGCCAAACACAAUUAAUGACAAUGUCAGGUGCUAAACAACACCCUCCUGAGGUGCUCCACACAACCAAUGCAAAUCAAGCUAAGUUAGGCCAUAUCCCUUGAAUGGGAUUGGCUGCGAGCAGCUCAGGUGUAAUGUGUAGGAGAUGGAUAAAAACAUCAACAAAUAAAUGCUUAAUAAAUAAACUUGUGUUGACUUCA